CGGCAACCGUCGACUCUCAGUAACAAGGUAUCCCUGUCGAGGUACGCAUCAAAGCCCUUCGGCAUUUGGUACCAGAACGACAUUGCGAAAAUAGAUAUCCAUCCACCUGUUCACCUGACGUCGAUACAACUCGCCGAGAUCGACCUCCCCGACAACUCAAUGGAGCUGAAAAAAUACAUAAUAAUUAAGCUCUCGAGUGGGGCGUAUACGUAACAGAAUCGGAACUAUAACAUAACGUGGAGAUAGCCGCGAGUGGCUAAUACCAUAAACGCAGCUUCUACGUCAACUUAAGAUCGGAAGAAAGUCGGGUGAACAAUCGAAUAUUUUCGUACGUGUGAGCAUUUCCGGUGUUACUGUUGUGUCGAACCGACAAAGGAUCGUGCUUUUGUGAUAACAAGUGGCUGCAAACGAGAGUUCCGACUGCUAUUCGACAGGCCAUUCUCAAGAGGAGAGUUGAUGCAAAUGAGUCAUCGAUCAUUACAGUCUGUAAGGAGUACUCAAGGGGCGUGGAUGUGCAUGGCUGUUGCAUUGUACUUUCAAAUAUCUGCCGCCGAGUCAGCACUACUACUCCAUCAUCAUCUCACGAAAAGAUCGUUCUUCGAUCUCCAAUGCAAAGGUGUCUAUGAUAAAAGCAUAUUUGCGAGACUGGAUCGCAUAUGUGAGGAUUGUUACAAUCUCUUCAGAGAGCCUUCUGUCCAUUCAUUAUGCAGGGAUAAGUGUUUCACAACAGACAUCUUCAAGGGGUGUUGUGAAACCCUUCAACUUUGUGACGAAAUAGACCAAAUCCAGGCAAUGAUCAAACAACUAAACGGGGCAGAGCCAGGGUUUUAGGUCAGAAUGUUUCUCUACAAGAAUCUUCAAGGGGUGUGUCGAAAGCUUGAUGAUGGUGGAAGACUGGCCGAAGUUAGAGAAAAUGAUUGAUUAUUUGGCUAAGUGAACUCUUUCGGAGCACCCAGCGUCCUAUGAAUCUAGUCGAUGAAAAUGUAACCAAUGUAUUAAAUUAAUUUAUUUAAGGUGUUUUGACAGAAAUAUUUAGUACAUUUUAAAGUUAGGUGGUCAAUAUUUAUUUUAUUUAUUGUCGACAUUCCAAUUAAAUAAUACUGAAUGACCAAAGAUAGAUCGAAUUAGAAUCUUGAAAUUAACCGUAAAUUGUCUUUGUCCAUUUUACUCACUCUGGCGGCUGGUAGAAAUGAUUCACUUUUUGAAAUUAAAAAUAAAUAUCUUCAAAUGUUGUCUACUAGAUACUUGUAUUAAUAGUUUUAUAUGCAUCACGGUGAUGUAGUCAUAAGGUUAUAUAGCUAUUUAUUAAUUCCAAAAUUAUUCGAGGAAUGAUCCUGUUAAGAAUAUUUCCUGUAGUUCAUUAACAGUAAUGGAAAGCACAUCCUCAUUUUCGAGAAAGAAAUAGUAGAUUAAAUUGCUUGAUGUUGCUACAUGGAAAUAUUCAGUAUUUAGAAAUAUCCAGUAUUCUUUUUUACGUUUCUAUAUAUAUAUUUAUAUUUAUCUCUAUGUCAGUGGCAAUUAUUUUCCAAAUCAUCAUUUAGUACUAUAUCAGUAUUCAUCAAUCAGAAUUGAACUUCAAUAAUGAGCAGAUAAGCUAUCAAAUUCAUUCUGGAUUAUUUUGUAUAUUCUAUAGACCAACAGACAUUAUCAAUUGUUUUAUGUUCCCCCAUCUACUUUUCAUGAUUUCAAAAAUAUAGCCUCUAUUGAGAAUCUAUUUAUAUUCAUACCAUAAUUUCAAUUGGAAAUAAAUUGAUAUCAAACUAAUGCAGGUUAUGAGAGUACAGAUUAGUAAAAAAUGUUUUAAUGAACCAUAUAUCUCUGAGACAUGUUGAAUUUUACCUUGCACGGUAACACCAAAUUUGAAUAAAAUAUUUGGC